UCAGAGCUGAGGGUUGUGUUGUUGGGUUCAAACCGGUCUGGUAAGAGUUCAGUUGGAAACCUAAUUCUUGGGAACAGAAGCCUUCAAUGCUGCCAGAAGCACUGCCAUAUCACGCUGGUGGACAGUUCUGGCUGGGGGAGGGAGUUUCAGUUGUGUGAUACUGCUGAGAUUGCUAAACAUGAACAGCAGCACAGUGUGUCUCUAUGCCCCCCUGGACCCCAUGCUUUCAUCCUUGUGGUUGAGGUGGACUUAUCAUUCAAUGAUACAUUCAGAAGGUCAGUGGAGGGUCAUGUCCAGCUCUUUGGCGAGAGAGUCUGGAGUUACACCAUCUUACUGUUCACAUGGAAGAACUGUCUGGGGGACAGAAAAAUUGAGCAACUCAUUCAGGGUGAAGGAGAGGUCCUCCAAUGGCUUAUAGAGAAAUGUGGGAGAAAAUAUCAUGUUCUCAGCAAUGGGGACAGGGGUGAUGGCACACAGGUCACAGGGCUACUGCACAAGACAGAGGUGAUGGUGGCAGGAAACAGUGGCAGACAUUUUGAAAUUGAGACCUCACAACUGCAGAAAGUAGAGAAGGAGAGAAGGGAAGUGAAAGAGAGAGCUCAAUAA